AUGGCGAUUCUCAUCUGCUGUGUAAUAUACGCGUACAAGGCUGCUUUUGGCAAGCAGAUGUUUCCACCCGUUGGCGUCCCGGGUCCUGCACUUGAGAUGAACUAUGAGUUCAAGCAGGCCUUUCUGCCUGAGGCUGGGAUCUCUGCAGCUUAUCCGAUGAGCACCAUGGUAUACUUUCAAUUCGUCUUCGCAGCCAUCUCGGUGGUCCUCGUUGCAGGCGCUGUACUAGCCAGGAUGAACUUUCUGCCCUGGAUGGUAUUUGUGCCUCUCUGGCUCACGCUGAGCCAGACCGCGGGCACAUAUAGCAUCUGGGGAGGCGGAUUCCUGUUUGACCUGGGCGUGCUGGAUUAUUCUGGUGGAUGUGUCAUUCACGUCUCGUCUGGAACGGCAGGGUGGGUACUUGCAUACUGGGUCGGCCCAAGCCACCCUCGCGAUCGAACCGAGUUCCACCCCAACGACGUUUUGCUCCCUUUGGUGGGUGUCGGUCUCCUGUGGCUUGGUUGGAACGGCUUCAACGGUGGUGAUCCUUACACAGCUUCACCUGACGUUGGUGCCGCCUUGCUCAACACCAAUGUUUGCACGGCAAUGAGCAUGCUGACCUGGACGAUGAUGGACUUGAUAUUCUUCAAGAAGCCUGCCGUGAUUGGAGCAAUUCAACGCAAUAUCACUGGUCUGGUUGCCAUCACGCCCGCGGCUGGAUUUGUGGCCGGAUAG